AUGAAAUAAUUGCUUCAAAAUAUGGUAAAGACUUAUAAACAAAUGAAUAAGUCAGAUGACAAAGUGAAUAUUAAAAAAUUUUCAAGUCUUUAAUAUCCUCAAUGUCCUUUUGGAGGUGAUCAUAGCGGAGAAUCAAUGAGUUUAAUAUGUUUGGAAAAGGAUUGCUUAUAAAACCAAAUUUUGUGCUGUUGUAUAUGUUAAGAAGAAUUUCAUAAAGGACAUUAAUUAAAACCAUUAAAACUGUUGUUGUGUGAAUAUGAUUAAUAAUUAAGAGAGUAUUAAAAUAUUUCAUUAAAAUAAAAUGAAAAGGAUUUCCUCAUUAAGAAGAUUAAUGAAUAAGAAGAAAAAUCGUUGAUUUACAUUGAGGACUUGAAAGCACAAAUAAACAAUAAACUAUCAAAGAUUUUGACUUUAGAACAGGAGUUUUUUGAAAAUUUAAGGAAAUUUGUGAAGAUGAGAGAAUUUAGCAAUGGAAAUUAAUUUACAGUUAUUGAAACAAUAAUAUAAAAUCAAACAAAUGUAGAAAUGUUGAGUAAAUCAGUUAAGAUUUUGCUUGACACAUUAGUGUAGGAAAUCCCAGAAAAAGAUUUAAAUUAUGAAGAAAUCAGCAGGAUUUUUGAUUUUCACAUAAAAGAUCAAAAAGAUCAUUUGCAUUAAUUAGAAACGCAACUUAUUUAGGGUAUUGAAUAACAAAUUGUAUUGUUAUAAUCAAAAACAUAAAAAACAAUAUUCUAAAAAGCAUGCCAAUUUGAAUUUUUACCAAACAAUAAACAUCCAUAAGUUGAUAUAUUAUAGCCAAAGAUUGUAAAAGCAAGCAAUUCAACUCAUGGAUACAAGUUUGCUGUUAUGACUCCAUCCUUAGACAAAAAUUAGACUACUGUAUUUGGUUUCAAAUUAAAUUGUGUUCAUUAGAGUAAUUGGAUUGCAGUUGGGGUCUGUGAUUUAUCUAUAGUGUAAAACAAAUAAUUCGGAUUUGCAUUUCAAUCACUUGGACAUGGAGGUUAUAUGGUGUCAUCAAAUGGGGGUGCUUGGUCAAGUACUACUUCGAAUCAAAAUAAUGUUGUUAAAUGCUUCAAAUUUGGAAAGGGUGACAUUAUUGUUUGCACUUAUGAUCCAAAUAACUAAACUAUUAUAUUCCAUAAACAAAAGUCUAACACAACUUUCAAACUUGAUAUUCCAAAAUCUGAUCAGGCGUUGUACCCUUGUGUUUUAUUUUAUUAUGCUUUGGAUGAAGUGGAAUUCAUACAACCAGAAGGAAUAAAUAAAUAAUGA